CAGAAAGAAAAGCCCCCUUCACAAAGCACAAAAGAGAUUAUUAAUAAUAACUUCAUACCUUCAUUCACCCUCGUGCUUGCUCCCUCCGGCUCACUCAGAAAAGGGAAACAAACACACCGCUUAGCAAAUUCACACCCCUAGAGCUACCCGAACUGCCGACGCCACAGCCUCCCUAUCCCCCUCCGGAUAAAGCUUCUGGACCGCCUCUUUGGCCUUUGAAACCAUGAAUUCCCACUCCUCCAACAACUCCGGGAACUUCUCCUCCAGCGCAACGAUAAUCGCUACCGUCGUGAGAAAGUCCGCGUCCGCGUGCGCGUUUUCUAACCUGCUGUUUCGCAAGCCAAGCCAAGCCAAUAUCCUCCCGUCCGCUUUGAACAUCCCAUUGGAUUGCGGGAGGCUGGCUAGGUCGGAGACUAGGUUGUGCGAACCUUCUGGAAUCCACUGCGAUUCCUGCUGCUGAUAGUGCUGUGCCGGAGGGAAUGAUGAUUGGUGGUUGAAUUCGGGGCCGGGCGUGAGUGGGUCAAGGUCAAAGUUGCCCAGAGGGUCUUGUGCGAUGUAGUAAACUUGGGAUUGGAGUGCAGGACUGUGCGAUUGGGGGGUCGCGGUACAGGAGUCUUGCGGGGUGCAGACAACUUGGGGUGGGAGAGUUGGGGAAUUAGAGUCUUCCACCGUAGGGUAAACUUGGGGUCGUGGUGCGGGGCUGUACGAUGGGAACGCCGCGGGGUGAGAGCCC